AUGGGCGCUCCGGCCGUUGCCCACCGUGGUCCCGAAGGCUGGUACGAACGCGUCCUCAAGCUCAUGCAUCUCUGGAUGGUCAACCGUCGUUGGUCCAAGAUCAUCAAACCUUCCUUGUUCCGUAGCGUCGUCGUCGGUCGUUCAAAUCGGGGUACCGACCGGGACGUCGGCGCGCUGGUCUAG